AUGGCAGGCGAAACUGGCUCCGUUCAUUCGGAAAAAGUAGCGUCCAACCGCUCGUCCUCUGGCAGUUCGCUCUCACGAACAACAUCUUCUGAUAGCACAGAUGUAAUUGGCCGCGUGCCUACGGAUGAUCAACCUGAAAAUACCAGGAACGACAUGGAAAAGGGCAUUGCAGCUCUGGAGACCACACCUACAAAGGACAGCAAUUUGAACAAUAAUAACAACAACAACCUGGACCUAAUCCGAAGCCAUGUUUCUCAUCAAGAAAUGCACGCAUCUAAUGAUGCCUAUCGUGAAGAAAACGCAGAGCAGUAUCUGCGUUUCUCGCCAGCGCGCAAAAUGGUCAUAGUCGCUAUUUUGUCCUAUUCUUCGUUUCUGGCGCCGGUCUCGUCGACCUCGAUUCUUCCCGCUGUCCCAGAGGUUGCCGAGACGUUCAAUACGACUGGUAGCAUGAUCAACGCGAGUAAUGCUGUGUUUCUGGUGUUCAUGGGCCUUUCGUCGACCUUUUGGGGGACUUUCAGCCAGAUUCUAGGGAGACGACCGAUGUCCUUUUGGAGCUCCUUUCUUUUCUUCGUGUUUAGCUUGGCUACUGCACUAUCUCCCAAUUUGCCGGCAUAUUUCAUCUUCCGAGCUCUCACUGCCUUUCAAGGGACGUCAUUCCUCGUCGUGGGGAGUGCGUCAAUCAGUGAUAUCUACACGCCUACAGAAAGAGCCACAGCACUGGCAUGGUUCCUGUGUGGUGCGCUGGUCGGACCGGCCUUGGGACCGUUCCUUGGUGGCGUCAUCGUAACUUACCGAUCAUGGAGAGUGAUCUUCUGGCUUCAAAGUGCACUCGCGGGACUAGCAUUCGUCCUGGUCGCCCUCUUCAUUCCCGAAACAAUUCCACACAAGUCUAUUUCGGACUUGUCCGAUCUCUCGCCUAUGCAAAAGACCCGUGCUAUCUGCCAGCGCAUGAAUCCAAUCCGAGUCAUUGUGCUUCUUUUCGAGUACCCAAAUCUCUUCUUUGCCGCAGUUACUUCGGCUGCUUUGGUCUGGAACCAAUAUUCACUCCUCACCCCGAUCACGUACGUGCUUAAUCCGCGCUUCAACCUCACCACACCGAUGGAAUCCGGCCUGUUCUACCUAGCCCCCGGGUGCGGCUACAUGUUUGGCACCCUUUUUGGUGGCCGCUACGCCGAUUACGUGGUCCGAAAAUGGAUCCGCAAGCGUGACGGCGUGCGAGUCCCCGAAGACCGCCUAAAGUCGUGUCUUAUCUUCGUUGGUAUCAUCAUUCCGGGUUGGAUUCUGAUCUACGGAUGGACAGUUGAGAAGGCAGUCGGUGGAAUCCCCGUGCCCGUGAUCGCCAUGUUCUUACAGGGCGUUGCUCAGCUGUUCUGCUUCCCCAGUCUAAAUACGUAUUGCCUAGACGUGAUGCAGUCCAAGGGCAGAAGCGCCGAGGUAGUUGCCGGUAACUACAUGUUCCGAUAUGCAUUUGGAGCGCUGGGCACGGGCGUCGUGCUGCCAGCUGUCGAGGCAAUGGGGGUCGGUUGGUUCAGCGUCAUAUCGGCCGCGUUCCUGAUCCUCUCUGGCCUUCUCAUGUGGCUAACGACGGUAUUUGGGGCGGGCUGGAGACAACGGGUCGACGAGAAGAGAAGCCGCAAGACAGCGGAGCAAUGA